AAAAGAGAUAAGGAGGGAGGAGACAUGAGUUCGCUGUUCACUCCUUUCUCUGCUCUUCCUUUGCGCCAGACAAGAGCUACUACUACUGUCUCCUGUUGCUCUUCUUCUGGGCAUGUAUCAUUUAUCAAAGAUGUAGCUGUCACUGAACCUCCAGCUCAUCUUCAACACUUACUCAAAGUUCUUCAAACAAGAGGUGAAACCAUCAUAUCUCCUGGAGCUAAGCAAGGACUCAUCCCUCUUGCUAUUCCUCUUUCUAAGGACUCUUCAGGCUCUGUUACUGCGCUUCUGAGAUGGCCUACUGCUCCACCAGGAUUGGAUAUGCCUGUUGUUGAAGUUUGGAGGAGUGGUGUCCGGCUUAUAGCUAGAAAUGUAGAUGAAUACAUUCACCGGAUUCUAGUUGAAGAAGAUGCACAAGAACUGUCUGAACUUUACAUUGCCUCAGCUGAGGCAGGGGAAAAGCUUUACAAAAAGGGUGCUUUUGCUGAAUCUCAGAUUGAUAAUCUCGAUGUCUAUGUCUUAAAAAAGGUUGGGCUGUUUCCUGAUGUGUUGGAGAAAAAAGUAUUACGGCAUUUCGAUGAAGGAGAUCAUGUUUCAGCUAUGGUGACAGGAGAAUUCUACACAAAGAAAGAUCUGUUUCCAGGAUUUGGACGGCCUUUUGUAUACUAUGCAAACAUACUGCAGAAGUUUGUAACUUCAUCAACUCUCAAUUUUAUUAUUUUGAAAAAUGACAGAAAACACUUAUCUCUAAGGCUUCUUAUUUUCAGGGUAGGACGCAAUUCAGAAGCAAAAGAAGCAGCUAGAGUAGCACUAAAAUCACCUUGGUGGACUUUAGGAUGUCCUUAUGAGGAGGUUGCUAGUAUUGCACAAUGGGAAGAUGAGCAAAUAGAAUUCAUAAGAGAGAAAGUGAGUGAUGAAGGUCGUUUUGAGGAUUUAAAGAAAGGUAAAGAUCCCAUCCAAGUUGCUUUGGAUGUUGCUGCUUUUCUCUUGGACUUGGCAUCUAUUGAAGGAACAUGGUCUGAAUCUUUGCACCAUAUUGCUAAAUGUUAUGAAGAGGCUGGAUUAAAAGACAUAUCUAACUUCAUUUUGUACACAGAAUGAGAAAUGAUGUAAAAUAGAACUCUGUGUUGUGUAUGAUACAAGAUUCUUUCAUUGUAAUAAUCAUUCAAAGUUUUGGUUUCUAAAAAAAUCUAUAUUAUAAUAGUAA